CCUACCCUAUUCCGCAGUGUACCCCUCAGUGUCAAUGAUUCCUCUGUCCAAUCAUAAAAUCUAUCAGUCCACCUUGCAGAUUUUAAAUUAUGACUGCAAUAAAACCGAUUUGAUAUUGUUCAUGUGGGAGGUGAUUUUCUUUUAUGGGACUGCUUUGAAUAUAUUAAACGCAGGCCCGUGGGAAAUGGGGACCACUUAGAUGCGGGGUAAGUCGUAGAGGUCAAUGACGUCAUCCCUUGCGCGCUCGAUAACAUCCGGGUUCUUUUCCUACCUGCAUAUUUCAAACCAAAAUGGCGGAAGAGGGAGAUCCUGAAUGGUAGGUGACGACACCAACCUUUGUUUUUCUUGUCCCGUGCCUCCCUACUGCCAUGGAAACUAUGCGCCCUCGGGCUAUAAAAACUAUGGUAACCAUAGAGGUGGUAUAGCAGCAUUUCUGAUGUAAUUUCUCAGGCAUAUGAACAGGAAAUCUAACAUAACAACCACUGUGCAAGGCGUCAUAAAUUUUGACAGAUAAAUUUGUACCACCUGGGUUUCAUGUUACAAAAUUGUGAAUAGGACAUAGACUUAACCAACAUGUCGAAGAAAAGCGCAGAGAGUGUGAAGGUCGUGGUGAGAUGCCGCCCUCUGAAUCAGAAGGAGAUAAAAGACGGUCACCAGCGGUGUGUGGACAUGGACGUACCCCGCGGGGUGAUCCAAAUCACCAACCCGAACUCCCGAAACAUGGAGCCGCCCAAAACAUUCACCUUCGAUGCCGUCUACGACUGGAACUCCAAACAGAUAGAGCUUUACGACGAGACUUUCCGACCCCUGGUGCAGUCUGUCCUGGACGGUUUCAAUGGCACAAUUUUUGCAUACGGACAGACGGGGACGGGCAAAACGUGGACUAUGGAGGGCGUCCGUACCGAUCCGGAAUUGAGAGGGGUGAUCCCCAAUUCGUUUGAACAUAUCUUUACCCAGAUAUCCCGCUCCCAAAACCAGCAGUACCUUGUACGCGCUUCCUACUUAGAAAUCUACCAAGAGGAGAUCAGAGAUCUACUGGCCAAAGACCAGAGCAAGAGACUUGAGUUGAAGGAAAGGCCGGACACUGGGGUGUAUGUGAAGGACUUGUCCUCGUUUGUAACCAAGAGUUCCAAAGAGAUCGAACAUGUGAUGAAUGUCGGCAAUCAGAACAGGUCUAUAGGAGCCACCAACAUGAACGAGCACAGCUCGCGAUCGCACGCCAUCUUUAUUAUCACGGUGGAAUGUAGUGAAGUGCGGGAGGAUGGAGAAAACCACAUCCGCGUGGGGAAGCUCAAUCUCGUUGAUCUGGCCGGCAGUGAACGACAAGCCAAAACGGGCGCUACAGGAGAGCGCCUUAAGGAAGCGACCAAAAUCAACCUUUCCCUGUCCGCACUCGGUAACGUCAUCAACGCCUUGGUGGAUGGGAAGUCUACGCACAUUCCGUACCGUGACUCAAAACUCACGCGCCUUCUCCAGGAUUCCCUAGGUGGGAACGCGAAAACUGUCAUGGUGGCAAACAUUGGACCUGCAACGUACAACUACGACGAGACCAUGAGUACACUACGGUAUGCAAAUCGGGCCAAGAGCAUCAAGAACAAGCCUAAGAUCAAUGAGGAUCCAAAGGAUGCUCUCUUGAGAGAGUUCCAAGAAGAAAUUGCAAGGCUGAAAGCUCAACUGGCCAAGAAAGGACCUGGAGCAAAGAAAGAGAAGCAGGGCAAGAAAGGGAAAAGGAGAAGUCGGCAGAAGAGUGAGUUUGGCUCAGAUGAUGAGAUAGAAGAUGAAACAGAAGAAGACGUCUCUGAGGAAGACACAGACAAGUAUAUACAGGAACAACGUGAGAAGCUGGAGAAAGACAAGGGAGCGAUCCUGCAGGAUAAGAACAUGCUGGCUGAUGAGAAGGACAAACUGCUGCAGGAGAUGGAGAAGAGGGACAAGGAGCUGAAACGGCAGCAGGAGGCCAGAAACUUGUUGGGAAACAAGAUCAAGGCCAUGGAGAGCAAACUUCUGUGCGGCGGGAAGAACAUUGUGGACCACACAAACGAGCAGCAGCGCGCCCUGGAGAUGAGGCGCCAGGAGAUCGCGGAACAGAAGCGGAAGGAGCGAGAGAUGCAGCAGAAAAUAGAGGAGCAGGAGGAGACUACCAUAGAGAUGAAGGGAACGUACACAUCCUUACAACAGGAGGUCGACAUCAAGACUAAGAAGCUUAAAAAGCUGUUUGCUAAGCUCCAAGCAGUGAAGUCUGAGAUCCAGGACCUACAGGAGGCUCAUAUCAACGACAGGCAAGAACUGGAACAGACUCAGAUGGAGCUGACCAGGGAACUCAAACUUAAGGUCCUGGUUAUAGAGAACUUCAUCCCACCUGAGGAGAAGAAGAAGAUCAUGGACCGCUCCUACUUCGAGGAGGAAGAGGACACCUGGAAGUUGAAACCUUGUUCAAAGGCUGAUACCUCCACCAUGGCCAACAGACCUGUGUCUGCCAUCGGUGGGCGCAGACCUGAAACAGAGUACGCCAGGAUGGCAGCCGUCAUGAACGGGAACCCUCGCUUCAAGGGGGAGAACAUCCUGUUUGUGGAGCUGGACAUGCCGACCCGCACCACGCGGGACUACGAGGGUCCGGUGGUGGCGCCUACCGUCCAGGCCGCGCUGGACAAGGCUCUGGAGGAGGAGGAUAACCUGGAGGUGGACGCCAGCCACGACCUCUUCUCUCCCGGCAAGAGGAGGGACAAGAUAAAGGGCACCAAGUCUUCACGGCCCAAAACUGGUAAGAGAACAUCUGCUGGAAGUAAAGGAGCCGAAUCCGAGCAGUAUCCAGAGGCUCGUGGGCUGGUGAGAAGAAAGUGAGACUUCAAGAAUCCUGAAUGGAGGAAUGUUACUCCUAUGAGGCUGUAACCAUUCAGUCAUGCCACCUAGUGAACAUCGGCAUAAGUACAAGUGUAUUGAAUUGUAAAUAUGAAUAGGCUAUUGUCCAAGUAAUUUUGGGGGAUCAGAGAAUGAUUCCAUAUAGAAAAUGUUGUUCUGUGAAAAUGAAGCUGUAAUGUAUAUCAGGAUCUUACCAGUUAGAAAAAUAUCUGUUUUGCUUGUUUGGUGCUGCUGUUCAGUAAUGUUAAAAUGAUAUCCUUAAUUUUGCUAUAUGCAUAUCUUUAUAAGUAAAUGUUAUUUUCUAUUUAGUUGAGAUGAAUUUUGCGUAUACUAUAUGUUUUGACUCUAUUGAAUGUGUAGUUGUAUUUGUGCACCAGUCUAUGCAACAGUUUAAGUAUAUAUAUUUUUCCUUGUUAAAUGCUGCACAUAGUUAAAUCAUUUUUCUAUCAAAUGGUCAUUUUGCCACUUGUGUGUUUGUACAUUACAUUCACAUUGAACCCUGA